AUGGCGGCAGUACAUCUCUACCCCGAGAUCAAUCCAUACAACAUUGGUCGUUUAAAGGUUGACCAUGUCCAUGAACUCUACUAUGAGCAAAGUGGAAAACAAAACGGUAAACCAGUUUUAUUUUUACAUGGUGGACCAGGCAGUGGUGUUAACCAACAUGAUAGGCGAUUUUUUGAUCCAAAUAUUUAUCGCAUUGUUAUGUUUGACCAGCGUGGAGCUGGUAAAUCAACACCAGCUGCAGAAUUGAAGGACAACACAACAUGGCAUCUGGUGGCUGACAUUGAAAAGAUUCGUAAACAUUUAGAUAUUGGUAAAUGGGUUGUAUUCGGUGGUAGCUGGGGAUCCACUCUAGCUUUGGCAUAUGCUCAAACUCAUCCAGAUAAUGUUAAGGCACUGAUUCUCAGGGGAAUAUUCACACUUAGAAGAAAAGAAGUUUUAUGGUUUUAUCAAGAUGGUGCUAGUCAUUUAUUUCCAGAUUAUUGGGAAGUAUUUAUUAACCAAAUACCAGAGGCAGAAAGACAUGAUUUGUUAAGCGCUUAUUAUAAAAGGCUGACUGGGGAUGAUGAGAAAGUGAAACAAAUUUGUGCUAAGUCAUGGAGUGCAUGGGAGUGUGCCACGUCUAAACUUGUUGUGGAUCAGGAAAACAUAGCAAGAGCAGCUGUGUGUUCAUGGGCAUUGCAGUUUGCUAGAAUUGAGUGUCACUAUUUUAUUCAUGGUGGAUGGUUUAAAUAUGAUGACCAACUGAUCAAAGAAGUCGAGAAAAUACGGCAUAUACCAGCAACCAUUGUACAAGGCCGAUAUGAUGUUGUAUGCCCUGCUAGGACUGCAUGGCAGUUACAUAAGAAUUGGCCUGAAGCUGAGUUUCAUAUAGUACCUAAUGCUGGCCAUGCUUCAAGAGAAAUAGACACAGCAAAAUUGCUAGUAGAAGCCGCUGAUAAAUACAAGAGUUUGUGAUCAUAUCCCCCUGGAUGAUGUUAACCACUAACACAUCCAUGUGUAAGUCCCUUAUGUUUGCAUCCUGGCAGCAUUUCUUUUUAAUAAUAAUUUAAGAAAAUGCUUUUCCCAGAUUAAAUUGUAGUAAAGUGUAGUUUAUGGCAUCACACCAAUUACCACCACUGUUUGUUUAUAAGAGAAGACCAGGC